AUGAUGAGGGCUUUUGUGUUCUUGAUUUCUUGUUUGUGGGUUGCUCUGAAAGCCACUGGCCAGACAGGAAAUCAGAGUUCUGUAGUAGUUAAUGGGCCGAAAGUGAUAAAUAUUGGAGCUUUAUUCACAUCAGAUUCUGUCAUUGGGAGGUCUGCUGGGCCUGCAAUUCUUGCUGCAGUUGAUAAUGUCAAUUCUGAUAAUGGCAUUUUGAAGGGCACAAAGCUUAACCUUAUAGUGCAGGACACUAAUUGCAGUGGGUUCCUUGGAAUAGUUGAUGCUAUGAAACUAAUGGGGCAAGAAAUCGUGGCUGCCCUCGGCCCACAGUCCUCAGGGAUAGCACACGUAAUUUGUCACAUCUUGGACGAGCUUCACGUGCCGCUAUUGUCUUUCGGAGCCACUGACCCCACACUUUCAGCCCUUCAGUACCCUUACUUUCUCCGCACGACCAUAAGCGACUAUUUCCAGAUGCGUGCAGUUGCUGACCUCAUCGAUUACUUCGGGUGGCGGGAAAUAGUUGCAGUUUUCGUAGAUGACGAUUACGGAAGGAAUGGAGUUUCCGCAUUGGGAGAUGCCCUUGCAGCAAAACGGGCCAAGAUCUCUUACAAGGCAGCUUUUAUGCCUGGAGCUCCACUGAGUGACAUCGAUAACUUGCUGGUCAAAGUCAACCUCUUGUCGUCCCGUGUUUUUGUUGUACAUGUGAAUCCCGAUUCUGGUCUGAAUGUGUUCUCUGUCGCGAAAAGGCUCGGGAUGAUGAGUGCCAGUUAUGUCUGGAUAGCUACGGAUUGGCUUCCUGCAGUUCUUGAUUCGGUGGCCGAUCGGGAAGCAGCUGAUCUCGUUGAAGGGGUAAUUGCUCUUAAGCAUUAUGCUCCCGAUUCGGAUCGAAAGACUCAAUUUGCUAACCAGUUGGUGAUUUUCAAUUCGUAUGCUCUGUACGCUUAUGACUCGGUUUGGUUAUUAGCCCGGGCGCUUGAUUCUUUUCUGAAAAGCGGCGAAAAGAUAACAUUUUCUUUCGACUCGAGCUUGCGUGAUGCCAAUGUUAGCCUUCGGGUCUUUGACCAAGGUCAAACCUUGCUCGAGAUUCUCAAGGAAACGAACUUCACUGGCCUGAGCGGUGAAGUUCGGUUCGACACAGAGAAGAAUUUAGUUCGGCCGGCGUUUGAGGUUUUGAACUUUGGUGGGACCGGUUUCCGGAGGCUCGGCUACUGGACGAACUACUCGGGUCUGUCGGUCGAGCGUCCGGAGAAUUUAUAUCCGAAGCUGAGAAAUACUUCUGCGAGCAGUCAGCGACUUUAUAGCGUUAUAUGGCCGGGAGAGACCACAUCGAAGCCUAAGGGAUGGGUUUUUCCGAAUAACGGGAAGCCUUUGAAGAUAGCGGUGCCUUAUAGAGUUACUUAUCCGGAUUUUGUUACGAAGGAUAAAGGCCCGUUGGGGGCGAGAGGUUACUGCAUAGACGUGUUUGAAGCUGCUGUUGCUUUAUUGCCUUAUCCGGUGCCUCACGAGUAUGUGUUGUUUGGAGAUGGUCAGCGAAAUCCAUCGUUCGAUAAUCUUGUGAAUGGCGUUGCACAAAAUAAAUAUGAUGCCGCUGUUGGGGAUGUGACUAUUACUACAAACAGAACACGGAUUGUGGACUUUACUCAACCGUACCUUGAAUCUGGUCUUGUUGUUGUUGCACCUGUCAGGCAGGUAAAAUCGAGCCCUUGGGCUUUCCUCAAGCCAUUCACGUGGCAAAUGUGGGCCGUGACAGGUGUCUUCUUCCUAUUUGUUGGGGCUGUUGUUUGGAUUCUUGAGCAUCGGCUUAACACAGAGUUCCGUGGUUCUCCACGUCAGCAACUCGUGACCGUCUUUUGGUUCAGCUUCUCAACAAUGUUCUUCUCUCACAGAGAAAACACUGUCAGCACACUGGGACGUGCGGUGCUCAUUUUUUGGCUUUUUGUAGUGUUAAUAAUCAACUCGAGCUACACGGCUAGUUUGACUUCAAUCCUCACUGUGCAACAGCUCUUCUCAAGAAUUCAAGGAAUAGACUCUUUAAUCUCAAGUUCCGACCCAAUAGGCAUCCAGGAUGGAUCAUUUGCAUAUAGGUAUCUUAUGAACGAGCUAAACAUAGCUGAAUCGAGGCUCCGCAUUCUGAAAACUCAAGAAGAAUACAUUGAAGCCUUGGAACGAGGCCCGAAUGGCGGUGGUGUAGCCGCCAUUGUUGACGAGCUUCCUUAUGUCGAGCUUUUCCUGUCCAACACAAAGUGCACUUUCAGUAUCGUCGGGCGUGAGUUCACCAAAAGCGGAUGGGGAUUUGCAUUCCAAAGGGACUCUCCCCUGGCAGUAGACAUGUCGACCGCCAUUCUCCAACUAUCCGAAACCGGGGAGCUUCAAAGAAUACACGACAAGUGGCUCUCGAGCAAUGGGUGCUCGGCUCAGGCGAACCCGGUCGAUGAAAACCGGCUCUCGCUCAAGAGCUUUUGGGGCCUUUUCCUUUUGUGUGGGGUCGCGUGCUUUCUUGCCUUGACAAUCUUCUUCUGCAGGGUUUGUUUGCAGUACAGUAAAUACAGUGCCGAGGAUGAUGAGCGGGCUGAGGCUGAGCCCGCCCGUUCGAGCAGGCGGGCCCCACGGGCAACGAGCUUUAAGGAUAUGAUUGAUUUUGUGGAUAGGAAAGAGGCUGAGAUUAAGGAGAUGUUGAGGAGAAAGAGUGGGGGGGAGUCCAGGAGAGGUCAAAGCCAGAGUCAAGUGGUGUCUGAAGGGCCGAGCAGUUGA